AUGGCGGAUACGAGCAUCAUGGAUACUACCAGUACUAGUACGAGCACCAAGAAGGAAAUCACUGUUGAAGAAGCAUUUGCUCGUUUCUUGACGGACGAAGCAGCGCAUGAUGUGUCGUUUCGAGGCAAUGACACUGUCGUUGUCUCUGCCAAUCGAUGUGCUCUCGCGAUGAGAAACGAUGUUUUCCGCUCCAUGCUCCUGGGCGACUUUGUUGAGGCUACUCAAGCCGUCGUAGCAAUCGAUUUUCCAGGCGGUACUUUGAAGGCCCUCCUGGAGUAUCUCCACACCAACAAAUGCCAGCUUUUGGAAGCCAACGACGAUGACACUCCCAAUGAUCAAAAUGAUGACCGUCGAUAUUACGUCGAACGCGUCGAGGCUCUUGUCUCCCUUUCUGAAGCUGCAUGCUACUUUGAAUGUCCUGGCCUUGCUACAAUGGCACGAAAGAGCUUGGCAGGGGCGGUCAAGUCUUCACCAUCGUUCUCGUUUGCACUUUGCGAAGUCAGCGUCAACUGGUGCAACCCGUUGGUCACACAGGUGCUAGAUUUUGCCAAGUCGAUCUUCCAGAGCGAGGACAUCUCCGCCGGUGUCAUGCAGAACGUCGCUCUUUCGGUGUUGCAAGUGAUUAUUCAAGACGAUUCUCACCGAGCCUCCGAGUUUGAUCGAUUCGAAAUGCUCCGACUGUGGCUUGGGCAUUCACCCGAUGCCCAAGAUCCUCAUUGUCGCAGCAAGGCGAUGGAACUCACGCAGCAAAUUCGUCUCGAGCUCAUCGUGUCCCCUCAGCUUGCAUCGUCGGUUACGGAAUCUGGUCUGUUUUCUCAGGAGCAGCUCUUUCAAGCCUUCAAAAGCCAAGCUGUUGCUCUAUACGACGGUGGUUCCAUUCAAGAGCACCGCAUUCCCUUGCCGAUCUGGGAGGGAUCCAUGAGUACCUCGUGCAACGGUGACUACUGCUUCGGUCAUGACACCAAGGCGUUGAAGAUCUCGCCUUUGCACGAUGGUGUCCACAAGUGGACAGUUCACGUAACUCAGUACUGUCGCCCAGUCUGGGUUGGUGUUGCGCUGCAGUCUGCCGACACCAAUACUUCGUAUCGUACGACGGAAUCUUUGUCAAAGCAGAAAAAUGGGUGGGUCUACGGAAGCAGCGGCGUUUCGUUCCAUUAUUCACCUCAACCAGACUGUGUUCAUCCAAAGUUUGGCAUGGGCUCCUACGUAUCCCUGACUCUCGACUUGCUUGAUACUUCUGACGGCGAUGGAACUUUGUCGGCUUCUGUGGAUGGCGGGGAAACCUUUGUGCUCUUUCAGAAUCUUCGCCAAGAAAUUGAUACAACUCUGGGAGGACAAGGCUU